GCCGCCGCGGGCGCACUCGCCGGUCGCAGUGAAAAGGCGGAGGCGGCGGCCGCUCGGGCUCGGCUCCGGUUCCCAGUGCCUCCCCCGCCGCACCCCCUCCCCACAUCCCGCACCCGCCAAACUUGAUGUGACCCCAGCCUGACGCGGCGGCUGCCCCUCUCACCGCCCCGUGCGCCCCCCACCGCCACUCCGCCCCGCACUCCCGGAGCGCACCGCUCACCGCGCCCCUUCCCACCUCCUCGCCGGGGCCGGGCGCCGCGCUCGCCCUCAGCGUUCCCUUCCCCUCGCCACCCCCACCCCACCCCCCGCACCAUGAGCAACCUGAAGCCGGACGGCGAGCACAGCACCAGCACGGGCACCGGCACGGGCUCGGGCUCCGGCGGCACUCUGGAGGAAGAGGUCCGAACACUAUUCGUCAGUGGCCUCCCUGUGGACAUUAAACCCAGAGAACUCUACCUGCUCUUCAGGCCGUUCAAGGGGUAUGAAGGGUCCCUGAUCAAACUCACAUCGAGACAGCCUGUUGGUUUUGUGAUCUUUGACAGCCGAGCAGGAGCAGAAGCAGCCAAGAAUGCAUUGAAUGGUAUUCGCUUUGAUCCUGAGAACCCGCAGACCCUGAGGCUAGAGUUUGCCAAAGCCAACACCAAGAUGGCCAAGAACAAGCUAAUGGCUACACCAAAUCCUACCAACGCUCACCCCGCCCUAGGAGCACACUUCAUUGCACGGGACCCCUAUGACCUUAUGGGGGCUGCCCUGAUCCCCGCAUCCCCAGAGGCCUGGGCCCCCUACCCUCUGUACACCACAGAGCUGACCCCAGCCAUCUCACACGCUGCAUUCACCUACCCAGCUGCCACUGCUGCUGCCGCUGCCGCCCUACAUGCUCAGGUAAGCCCCUCUGGGGGAGAGGCGGGGAGAGGAUGAAGGAGGCUCUAAGCUGGCCAGACUUUGUUCCUGAAUGGCCACAGGGCCACUGAUGCCUCUAGAGCUGCAGAACUGCCGUCUCCCACGACAUUCUCUUUAGGGCUUCAGAUCAGACAGAGGAGAGGGAGAGGAUUAGCUGUGAGGCCACAUCGGGGAUCUGAGGCAGAAUGUGAGUGUGAGAGAGACCCAGCCAUGGUCCCACCACCGACCGAACGUGUCCAGGCGGGUGCCAUACUGCGUUCUGCCUGUGGUGACAGCCACAAUUCAGAUCCCAACCUGAGUGUGCUCUCUGGAGCCAGGCCGCCUGCCUCUGCCUCUGCCUCUCUGGUCUUUAUGAACUUCAGAAAGCACUUAAAAAUUCCUGACUUUUUUACUAUCUAGAAGAAUGAGCACAGUAUUAUCUGCGUCAGGGUUGUUGAGAGAAUUAGAUGUUAACACCUGUGAAGGGCCGGCACCACAGGCCCCCCCACACCUGGAGCACAGAGUGCUCAGUGAGUGUUAGUGCUUGUUUUCAUGAAGCCUAGACACUCUCCACGGUGAACCUGUGCAGGGAUGGCGGGAAAGAGGGAAUGAGCACUUCUAGGGGAGAGUUGGGGAGGUUAGUGCUGGGCCACUCACCGAGGUGCCCGAGGCCAGUGAGCCACGGUCCGUUCUGGCCUGGACCUCCCUGGUGCAGUGACAGGAGGCACUGCCAGGUGU